AUGUCCAUGUCAUGCGGUUUGUGCGGCGCCAACAACUGCCCGCGCCUCAUGGUCUCGCCCAUUCAUCAUCGUCAUCACCAUCAUCAGGAGCACCAGCUGCGUCAGCACCAGUUCUUCGCCCAAGGCAACCACCACCACCACCACCCAGUGCCACUGCCGCCAGCCAACUUCGACCAUAGCAGAACAUGGACCACACCAUUUCAUGAAACAGCAGCUGCAGGGAACAGCAGCAGGCUCACGCUGGAGGUGGGCGCAGGCGGCCGACCCAUGGCUCACCUAGUGCAGCCACCGGCAAGAGCCCACAUCGUGCCAUUUUACGGAGGUGCAUUCACCAACACUAUUAGCAAUGAAGCAAUCAUGACUAUUGACACAGAGAUGAUGGUGGGGCCUGCCCAUUAUCCCACAAUGCAGGAGAGAGCAGCGAAGGUGAUGAGGUAUAGGGAGAAGAGGAAGAGGCGGCGCUAUGACAAGCAAAUCAGAUACGAGUCCAGAAAAGCUUACGCUGAGCUUCGGCCACGGGUCAACGGCUGCUUUGUCAAGGUACCCGAAGCCAUGGCGUCGCCAUCAUCUCCAGCUUCGCCCUAUGAUCCUAGUAAACUUCACCUCGGAUGGUUCCGGUAA